AUGGCGAGCAAUACAGGAAGCAGCUCUCGCCAGCCGAUCCAGCCAUCUGCAGCGGGGGAUGAGCCCUCGGACUCUGGAACAGCGCCUCCAAUGAGACCGUCUGUACCGACGCGAAGGACUUAUGGUACACUCGAUACACCUUCCCUCGAAGCGAGCAAUCCCGAGCUGCGUGACGAUGGAGAAGAAUUUUCAAGCCGUGCGUUCACAACUCAAUCGUCGGCAUCUCCCGAUAAGCCCCGCAAACCUUCACUGUCGCGUCGUAUGACUUCCAAACACCAAAUUUCCCAAAAGGGACGAGAGUUCUCGACGGAUGACGAUGCCAACGAGGUGAAGCAAUACAUGACUAUGAAGCAAUCGGGCAACACAUCGCCUAGGAUCCGUCCGUUGAGAAGACAAAGCUCGACGCUAAGACGACGCCCAAGUACUCGACCCAGCCCUUUGGCGAGGGCCGACUCAGAGGGCUAUAACCCAGAAGGAGCAAGCUUGCUCGGGCCUGGAGCGGACUUUGAGAACGAUGCUCCAGCUACGGGACUCCGCGAAAACAGCGAAGUAGGCAGUGAUGAGGACGACGAUUUGGAUGACUCUGAUGACGCAGAUGCGGCGAGCGAUGCGGAAAGCUUCACUCUCAAGGAUCGCCAGCAAGCUAUCAACCAGACACACCCGUUUGGUAUCAGACUUUGGAAACCUGCGCUGUACAAGAAAAGCCGCUCCGUGGAGAAAUCCGCUGAGGGUGACAUUCACUCAUCGCCUGGUGGGUAUGUCAGCCCACUGUUGUUCCUUACCAACCUGCUCUGGUCCCUGUUCUUUGGGUGGUGGCUGGCCUUGAUUGCCUUUGUCGCUGCGGUUGCAUGCUUUUUCUUCGCAUAUUCGUCAAGUGCUGUAGAAUAUGGUAGAGUAUUUGCGGGCCUUUCGCGCUACCUGCUAUAUCCGUUUGGCUCAUUCGUCCUUCUUGAGACCGACGAAAACUAUGCUGAAGAAGACGAAGGCGAAGGUCGCAGCAUCAGCGAAUAUGAACAAUGGCAGAAUGGGGACCUGGAGCAUGGCCGUCUCUUCUUUGGUCCCCGCAGAGAUCGAUCACUCGUUGGUAGAAGAAGGAACAGUGUCGAUUCUUCUGGGGAGCAAGACAGUCUGCUUGGACGACCCCAGCGUGGACAAAGUGAAGACGCCCAACUCCACUCGAAGCGCCGUCUUUUUGGACGUGGGGAAUGGACGUUAGGCCGGGUUGUGUUCUUUGUGUUCUUCUACUUCUUAGUUGGACCUUUGAUGCUCGUCGCUUCCCUCAUCUGUUGGCUCCUGGUAUUCUGGAUUCCCAUGGGUCGGGUGACAAUCACUCUAGUGAGCCAUCUCCGCAGACAUCCCCUGGCAUUGUCCUUCCAUUCCGACUCUACAUAUGCAAGAUCAAGCACCACUACAACCUCAUCCUCUAUUCUUCUCUGCACCUACCGAGCUGCGGGGACGAGGUAUUGGAAGUACACAGUUGACGGAACAAACAUCUUCUUGAUCAAUCUCCUUGGUGUGGUCGUGUUUGUCAUUGCGGACUAUUUCAUUCUGGCCGGGAUGCUGGGUAUGAAGAAUUGGCUGACCCAUCCGGGACUGAUUUUCACCCUUGCUUUGCUGUCUAUCAUUCCUCUGGCUUACUUUAUUGGACAAGCCGUUGCCUCGAUCUCCGCUCAGUCUUCGAUGGGUUUAGGCGCUGCUAUCAACGCUUUCUUCUCGACCGUCGUUGAGGUAUACCUCUACUGUGUUGCCUUGACCGAGGGCAAGGCCGGACUUGUUGAAGGAAGUAUCAUUGGCAGUAUAUUUGUGGGUGUUCUGUUCCUCCCCGGUCUAUCCAUGUGCUUUGGCGCUCUGGCGCGCAAGACCCAACGGUUCAACGUGAGGUCGGCUGGUGUGACGUCCACAAUGCUUCUGUUCGCAGUGAUUGCUGCUUUUGGUCCUACUCUGUUUUAUCAAGUCUAUGGCAGUCAUGAGCUGAAUUGUCACUCUUGUGCUGAUUCACUCGAUUCGGAGAGUCGUGACUGUCGUCGCUGCUACUUCUCCCAAACGGCGGCUAUCAAUGACCAGUUCUUCCAAAAAGCUGUACAGCCAUAUGCGUGGUUUUGCGCCUUCCUGCUGUUCACCUCAUACGGCAUCGGUCUAUGGUUCACUUUGAGAACUCACGCGGCUCUCAUUUGGGCAUCAGAAUUGGAAGAAAAGAAGCAUGUCCAGGCCCAUAUCCAAGAUUCAAUCGCCUUCGAUGCUACGGAGCCACGACACCUAUUUUUUUCGAAUGGUCAGCCCGAAGCCUCUGGGGCGGCUUCGGUGUUCAAAGAGCCGAUUCAGGAUCAUCCUAUCUUCAAGAAGACCUAUGCCGCGAACUUGAAGCAGUUUGGCUUGGACAAUAGUCGCUCGUCUGAACAAGCCCACGAUGACCACGCCGCUGGCUCUGUGCACGCCACCCCGCACGUGGUGCCACCGCGUUCUGCUGGUGAGGAUGCGGAUUCUAUGCCCGAUGCACUUCGAGACUUGAGCACGGAGGACCGCGAGCGCACAGCGCGCUACUUUGCAGAACUCGCGGCCACAAAUGCAGCUCAGGCUGCACGGGAUUCGGCCCGCAGCCGCAGGGCUCUUCAGCAUCAACACCAGGGAACUAGUCGGCAAGCCAGUCGGCCGGCUGGGGGUCAUUCGCGGAUCCCUGGCGAGGAAAUUGAGGAUCUUGGACUUGCUCCCGAGCCCUCGUCUGGGGGCCAUGACGCACCUAAUUGGAGCAAGGUUAAAAGUUCUGUCGUUCUUCUUGGAGCAACGCUCCUCUAUGCAGUCAUUGCUGAGAUCCUUGUCAACACCGUUGAUGUUGUCUUGGAGAGUGUUGACAUUGAUGAGAAAUUCCUCGGUAUCACUCUGUUCGCUUUGGUCCCUAACACCACCGAGUUCUUGAACGCUAUUUCUUUCGCCAUGAAUGGAAACAUUGCCUUAUCCAUGGAAAUCGGAUCUGCCUACGCCUUGCAGGUCUGUCUGCUACAGGUGCCUGCUGUCGUUCUCUUCAGUGCGGUAUACGGUCAAGGGCUCGAUGCGGCUGAAAUUGCCAGUCACUCGUUCAACUUAAUCUUUCCCCAGUGGGACAUGAUCAGCGUGAUUCUAUGCGUGUUCCUGCUAUCUUAUGUGUACGGCGAGGGCAAGAGCAACUAUUUCAAGGGAUCCAUCCUUGUUUUGACCUACCUGGUGGUUCUGAUCGGCUUCUACAUGUCAGGCUACGUCAACAUGGACAACAUGGGUGUGGAUCGGUUUGAUACUCUGGCAGUCGGCGCUAAUCGUGACAAGUUCUACACUCUUGGGCGAACAAGGAGUGGAGAGGCCUACUAG